AUGAAAAUUUAUGGUUCGCCGCUCCGAAAGCUACAAACUUUGCAAUUGCGAGGUCGAUACCUGGACUUCACCCGGACCCGAACGGCCUCGUUUUGCACCACCAGGCCCACGCAAAGCUCUUUCAGUGACAAAUCAUUCCAAAGAGAUGGUUUUGGGAUAUUGAAGCCAAAACCUCAUCUCCAUGUCACAUACGGUAGUGUGUCGAAGUCAACUCUAGCUGGAAGCCCGAAUUCGAAGCAGGCAAUCCGGGGAAAAAAAAGUAAGCGGAAACUUCAGACGGCACCGACUGUCGACCCGGACCACGAGAGGGAAGUGAAUCCCUGGCACGACCCUGGUUUAGUACAUUCAACGAAUUAUUCGGACACUCUAGUUUGUCUUUUUGAAUUUUUGCUGUUGCAAGAAAUAAGGAAGGAAUUCCGCCGCUUUGAAGUCUCCAGAACCGACUUUAUAAAAGCCUUAUUAGACCCGGUCAUUUCGUCUCAUCUUGACAACCAUUUUCAGAACGCUGACAACCUAGAGAUCAAAAAACUUUCUGCAAACUCAAUCGUCCGUUUUCUCAAGACAAAACUCGCUCCUACCGGUUAUCCACUAUAUGCGCUCGUAACAAUCAGAGAAGCUUUCGCUACCCCUCUUCAUAUUGAACAUAACCCUGACGAAAAAUGGAGCAUGUUGAAGGAAUCUCCCUUAGAUACCUACGACCCCGAAGACGAAUACGUAAUGGCAGAAAGAAAUGUCGUUCCGGACCCCAAUGCACCAACUCUCAAUUCUCUCAUGCAACCCUUAGUCUUACUUCUGACAGGCUAUAGUUCGAUACCGAAGGAUCCGAGUUCAGUAGAUUUUGAUAUGAACACCAAUCUUUUCACGUUUGUUAGAAAACGUAAGGAGGAGUAUUGGCACAACCAAUCUUACCCAGAGGUGUUGGCUACCGCAAUGGAAAGCUAUCUAAAGCGUCGAGAAGGCCUAGUGGGUGAUAAAUCUAUUAGGGGGGGUUGGUAUCCAUAUCCUGAUUACGACCAUGUGGAUAUUUGGUGA